AUGGCAUUUUAUUUCCCCAGGAGACACCAGUCUGUAAGAAGUUCAGAUCAUUAUUCAGAGAAAACAACCGAAGAACCACAGCCUUACGUUAAUAACAAAAAUGCUCAGACCACCGUCACGUUGAUGUACCAAACAAACUUAGUAGGGUAUUUGCAAAGCAUUACGAUUUUGUGGUGCAAGAACCUUAUGAACCAUUCUCUCACCAUAAUGGUAAACAGUAUGGAAGGAACUUCUCAAUACAGUUGCAAGAUUGAUCUUAAGCCCUGGCAUUUCUGGAGCAGAAAGGGGUAUAAAUCAUUUCACGUUGAUGGCAAACAAGUUGAUGUCUACUGGGACCUUCGUUCGGCUAAAUUCAACAGCAGCCCCGAACCGACGGCGGAUUAUUAUGUAGCUCUAGUUGCAGAUCAAGAAGUGGCUUUACUGUUGGGGGAUUACAAGAAAAAAGCCUACAAGAGAACGAAAUCAAGACCCGCAUUGGUUGAACCAUUGCUGUAUUACAAGAAGGAAAACGUGUUUGGCAAGAAGAGCUUCGCGACAAAAGUUCGGUUCGGGAAGAAACGAAAAGAACACGACAUCAUUGUGGAGAGCGCGACGAGUGGAUUAAAAGACCCUGAAAUGUGGAUAAGCAUGGAUGGGGUAGUGUUGAUUCAUGUUAAGAAUUUGCAGUGGAAGUUCAGGGGAAACCAGACAGUUCUGGUGGAUAAACAACCGGUUCAAGUGAUGUGGGAUGUGCAUGAUUGGUUGUUUACCAGCCCUGGAACGGGGCAUGGUUUGUUUAUAUUCACGCCCCUUGAGGCCGAAGCUGAUAGUGAUAUAGAGGGGAGUGGGCAUGGAGGAGACAGUGAUACCAGCACUGGGAGUAGGUAUUAUUCCAUGAGAAGCCCCGCCAAUACGUUCGAUUUCAGCUUGUUUCUUUAUGCAUGGAAGACUGAGUGA